GGAUCAGUAACCUUGCAGUGUCAUCAGUUUCUCAUAUACAUUCUCAUAGUGUUGGUUAAAAUGGCUACUCAUAAAAGAGCUAUUGUUAGUGUUAUUUUCAGUGUCUUAUUAGGUUUAAGCAUUUGUUCAUCAGCUAGAAAUCUGCUCAAUGACGAAGAAGGUGGUGUCGGUGUAGCACAUGCUGGUGGUGAAGGGGGUUAUGGCGGUGGAGGAGCCUAUGGUGCUGGUGGAGGAAGUGGUGGAGGAUAUGGUGCAGGUGGAGGAAGUGGUGCAGGGUAUGGUUCUGGUCAUGGUGCUGGAGGUGGACAUGGUGGUGGCGUUGUUGGUGGAGGAUCUCAAGGUGGAGGUUACGGUGCCGGAAAUGGUGGAGGAGCUCGUGGUGGGGUUGUUGGUGGUGGAGGUAGUGGAAUAGGUGCUGGUGGGGCUCAUGGUGGUGGUUAUGGUGGCGGAGGUGGCGGGGGAGCUGGAGGAUCUCAUAAUGGUGGUGGUGGAGCUCAUGGUGGUGGUUAUGGUGUCGGAGGUGGUGGAGCUCAAGGAGGAGGUUACGGUGCUGGAGGUGGUGGAGGAGCUGGUGGAGCGCAUGGUGGUGGUUACGGUGUUGUAGGUGGUGGAGGAUCUGGUGGAGCUCAUGGUGGUGGUUAUGGUGCCGGAGGUGGUGGAGCACAUGGUGGUGGUUAUGGUGCCGGAGGUGGUGGCGGAGCUGGUGGAGCUCAAGGUGGUGGUUACGGUGCUGGAGGUGCUGGCGGAGCUGGUGGAGCUCAUGGUGCUGGAGCUGGUGGAGCACAUGGUGGUGGUUAUGGUGCCGGAGGUGGUGGCGGAGCUGGUGGAUCUCAAGGUGGUGGUUACGGCGCUGGAAGUGGUGGAGCUCACGAAGGUGGUUACGGUGCUGGAGGUGGUGGCGGAGCUGGUGGAGCUCAUGGUGGUGGCUAUGGUGCGGGAGGUGGUGGCGCUUACGGUGGUGGUAACGGUGCUGGAGGUGGUGGAGCUCACGGUGCUGGUGGUUACGGUGCUGGAGGUGGUGGAGCACAUGGUGGUGGUUAUGGUGCCGGAAGUGGAGGAGCUGGUCACGGUGGAGGUGAUGGUGGUUACUAAACAUAUUGCUGUUACCGGAGAAUAUAUAUUAUGAAUAAGAGUUUGAAUUGGAAGGAGGAGUUCUAAGAAGUUCUGAAAGAUACAUCAUUAGUAUAAUGUAUGUUUUAUAACUUAUAUUCAAAAAGUGUAUCAUGAAGUUAUUUAUCUAGUUUGGAGAAAUCGCUGUGUGCUUCUGUGACACUGUUAUUAAUUCUGAACGUACCACCUAUUCAAUCAAUAUUCUACAGUUACGAUCGAGUUCAUA